AUGCUCACCGAAUCUGGCGCACGCUCCAGCAACGGAGAAACACCGAAGCUCCGAACUGCCUGUGAAAACUGCAGGCAGUCAAAGGUGAAGUGCAAUUUGUCCGGGAAGGAUACGUGCAUUCGCUGCCUCCGCCAUGGGCUACCGUGUCGUUACCGAGCAGCCAACAGGUCCGGCAAGCCCAAGGGGAGCAAGAAUCGCUCCACGCUUCGGAAAUUGGGACAGCUGCAGGAGAGAAAGAGUGCAUUUACGUCGAGCGAUCGACUGGCCAAGAAAAGCAUCGAGGCUAUACCGAGUCCGCAAUUCACGCGCAGCGAUACCGAUAUGAGUCUAAAGACGGUACAAAGCCUAUCCGAAAGCCCCAUGAAUGACGUUUCAAAUACGUCCAUGGUCCUGGCGGACUACACGGAGUACCCUUCACUUUACCCGGACUCAAUGGCCAAUAGCCCCUGUGCGGCUUCAAUGUCACCGACGUUUCUGCAAAAAGAGUUCAUCACAAAAGGGCUAACCACCUUCCCUCUCGCCGUUCAUAUCCCGAGUGCGCUACGACCAACAUGUGACUGCGCAGAAACCCUAGUUUCCUAUCACGACAAUCUCCGGCAGAUGGUUGUCAAUCCGGGGCAGCUGCGGUUCGACCAGAUUCUGCAGGGGGUGCAGGCAGCGCUUUCGGUGUGUCGCGGGUUCCUGCAGUGCCCGAGCGGACACAAGGACAACCACAGCGCCAACGACACAAGCUUAAUCCUCUGCAUGUCUACCCUCGAGAUCACCUUGCAAUUACUGGACUUCUGGGCCACGUACGAUCUCAUCCCGCAAUCUAGGGAGGGACCCCGUGAAACAGUCAGCUACGGCGAGUAUGAGAUGGGGCCAGACGAGGGCCGCCGGAUCCGCCGAUUCCUCAUCCGAGGGCGCCUCCUACUCUGCAAGGACACCCUCGGUCUUCUCAAAAGCGCGGCGGGUUUUAAGGAAGACGGACUGGGAGGGACCUGGCUGCAACAGAUCAUUGGGGGCUCGGAGGCGAUGGCCGAUAGUUUUCUCUAUGCAAUCUCGGAGGCAGACUGUAUUUGCAAUUUACCUAGUUACACCUAG